AUGAUCAUUAUUGGAAACGAUGUUGAUGGUAUCUCUAAUCUUAAAGCAUCCCUUCACCACACUUUUGAUAUGAAAGACUUUGGCUCUCUCAAUUAUUUUCUUGGCCUUGAAGUCAUUUCCUUAGAUGACGACAUCUAUCUCUCACAAGCUAAGUAUGCUUCUGAUCUUUUUGCUCGAGUCGAAAUUAUAGAUAGUCGCACUGAGUCUACUUCUCUUGAGCCUAAUAUUCGGUUUACUCAUAUGGAUGUCACUGUUUUGGAUAAUCCUACUCUUUAUCGACAGUUAUUUGGAGUUCUUCGUAUUUUUCGCUACAUCAAAGGUACUCUAUUUCAUGGUCUUCACUUUUCUGUCCAUUCAUCCUUAACCCUUCAGGCAUACUCAGAUGCUGAUUGA